AUGGCCGUUCCUCAAGAAAAAGUGGCCGUCCACACAUCGGUCGCCAGCAUCGCCCUACCCGAGAAGGCGGCAUACUCAAAGUUGUCCGACACCACCGCCCCGGGCACCCUGACUCCUGUCACUUCGACCCCCGAGAAGAACCUAGAGAUGCCCUGCGACAGCAACCUCUCUACCCCGCGGUCAUACCGCAACGAGAAUCCCUUCGACACAGACAUCGAAGCAAUGAUCACCACGACAUCCUCCUCCGACCCGUACGCUAUGAAGAGCAUCACAACCACAAAAGACUGCCCAACGAUAUGGCCGGGCAAGCAGGAUUGGAAGGCCAAGGCCAAGGCCGCGAAGCGUGACAGGGGUUCCUGCGCCUGUAUGGCCCGCAUGAGCAAGAAGAAUCGUAUCAUUAUGAAGGUUGCCAUUGGCCUCCUCGUCAUCGGCGUCGGCGUCGGUGUAGGCUUUGGUGUCAGCAAGCCUUUGGGCGCACCCAUCUGGGGCACCCCGGAGGGACACAAGUGA